GGGCGGAAGCGCGGUCCGCACGACCGAGUAUUGCGAGCACAGGGUCCGCACAGCACUCUGUCCUACUGGCGGGCCAGCCCGCCCAUGGCGCUGCAGGCGCUGCACAGCUCGAGCGUGGGCCUGCGCAGGAUUCUGGCUCACUUCCCGGAGGACCUGAGUUUGGCCUUCGCCUACGGCUCUGCGGUGUAUCGCCAGGCAGGACCCAGUGCACACCAGGAGAAUCCCAUGUUAGAUCUAGUGUUCACAGUAGAUGACCCUGUUGCCUGGCAUGCAAUGAACCUGAAGAAGAACUGGAGCCACUACUCUCUCCUCAAACUCUUGGGGCCCAGGAUCAUCUCAUCCGUCCAGAAUAAUUAUGGUGCCGGCGUCUACUUCAACCCGCUGAUCAUGUGUGACGGGAAGCUCAUCAAAUAUGGGGUCAUUAGCACUGGCACUCUGAUUGAGGACCUCCUGAACUGGAAUAACCUAUAUAUCGCCGGACGUCUUCAAAAGCCGGUGAAGAUUGUAUCGAUGAAUGAGAGCACAGUUCUUAGAGCUGCCCUGGAUAAAAACCUGAAGAGUGCGGUGACCACCGCCUGCCUCAUGCUACCCGAAAGCUUCUCUGAGGAAGACCUAUUCAUAGAGAUUGCUGGGCUCUCCUACUCAGGUGACUUCCGCAUGGUGAUUGGAGAGGAGAAAGCCAAAGUGUUGAACAUCGUGAAGCCCAACGUAGUCCAUUUCCGAGAGCUCUAUGAGAGCAUAUUACAGAAGGACCCUCAGGUGGUGUAUAAGAUGCAUCAGGGCCAACUGGAGAUAGAUAAAAGCCCAGAAGGACAGUUCACUCAGCUAAUGACAUUGCCUAGAACGUUACAGCAGCAUAUCAAUCACAUCAUGGACCCUCCUGGGAGAAACAGGGAUGUGGAAGAGACUUUACUGCAAGUGGCUCAGGACCCCGACUGCGGUGACGUGGUGCGACUGGCGGUCUCUUCCAUCGUCAGACCUUCCAGCAUCAGGCAGAGCACCAAAGGCCUUUUUACUGCUGGUGUGAAGAAGUCUGUGAUUUAUAGUUCACGGAAACUGAACAAAAUGUGGAAAGGGUGGGUGAGAAAAACGUCCUGACUUGACUGAUGUGUUACGGGUAGAUUAUGAAUAAAUGACUCCAUGCUUUUUGACAAGA